AUGUUAAGGGUGAAAAGAGAUGAAUAAGCUAAAGAGAUAAUAAAUGUACUCCUUGCCGAAGAUGCUCCUAUCUAAAGUCUCAAUAGCAAUCUAUUUAUUAGGAAUAGCUUUAAUUGAUUUAUUACAAUUAUGUAAUUAUCAAGUAGUGGCUUGUGAAACAGGUAUAUAAGCAAGGGAUGAACUGCUGAAAACAGAAAAUGAGUUUGAUCUAAUUUUGUUGGAUUUGGGUCUGCCUGAGAUGACAGGCUUAGAACUUUUGUAAAUUAUAAAAGCGUAAGUCUUUAUUUGAGCUUCAAGUAUUGAUAAAUUGAAAGAUGUUCCAGUGAUUAUGAUGAGUGGUGAUGAUGAGACAGAAACAGUUGCUGCUUGUUUAAAUGCAGGAGCAGAAGAUUAUAUGGUAAAACCUGUCAAUUUUAAAAAACUUCAAGGACUUUAAACAUUUGUAAAAAAAAAGCCUAAGUCACGAAAUGUAUAAAACUAUAUAAGUUUAUAAUAGAGUAACUAAAAUGAGAAAGGAUAUUAUACAAUUGUGAGAAAUAUUGGCAAAGGUGCAUCUGGUUCUGUAGAAUUAGUAAGGAAAAGUACUGAUUAAGAAUUAUAUGCUAUGAAAGUAAAAUAUAAAUGAACUUAGGUUAUUCCAACAUUUUUUAUGAAUGAAUAAGAAAGAAAAAAUGCUGAAAAUGAAGUGAGUUUAUUAAGAGUUCUAACAGCUCCAACAAUAAUUAAAUAUUAUGAAAGUUUCACUGAAAAUGAGUCUUUGAAUAUAAUAAUGGAAUAUGCAGAAGGAGGAUCAUUAACUGAGAAAAUAUCUGAAUAUUCAAGAUAUGGAAAUUAGGUUCCAAAGGAUAAAAUAUUAGCAUGGAUGGCUUAAUUAGUUAUUGCAAUACAUUUUAUGCAUUCUAAAAACAUCCUCCAUAGAGAUAUCAAAACUUAAAAUAUGUUUUUGAAUAAAGGUUAAAUUUUAUUAUAUUUUUAUUAGAAUAAGUUAUAAAAUUAGGAGAUUUUGGAAUUUCUAAGGCAUUAGGAACUCAUGCCAAUUUUGCAUAAACAUUUUUAGGAACUCCUUACUUUAUGUCACCUGAAGUCAUUAGAGGGUAACCGUAUGGCAAAAAAUCUGAUAUAUGGGCAUUAGGUUGUGCAUUAUAUGAAUUGGUUAUGUUAAAACGACCAUUUUAACAUGACAAUAUUUAAAUAAUUUUUGAGAUGAUACAGAAUAAACCAUAUGAUAUGGAUUAAUCUGUUGAUUAAGAUCUUUAAUUACUAAUAGAUAAGACUUUAUAGAAAGAUCCUAAUAAUAGGCCAACUGUUGAAGAUUUAGCAGCUAUUCCGUGUAUUGAAGAAAAGAUUAAUUAAUUUUAUAAAGAUCAUCCAAAUGAGAGUAUAAAAUUAUUAAUUAUUUUUAGCUAAUUUAAUAUCAGUUAAAAGAUUAUAAUUGGGUCCAUAAUUAUAGCCUGAAACAACUGAAUAGGUAUAAGAUGAAAAUUAUAUUGCUAUUUCUGCUGAUAUGAUAGAGAAAAUUUAAUUAAGAAAAGUAAUUUAUGGAUUCGUUAAUUAAAUGUAAGUAUAUUUUGUAAGUUUAGUGAAUAUAUUAGUGUAUUAGGUCAGGAUAUUUUAAGUUAUCUUUAAUAAACUUGGAAGAAUUAAAUAGAAAUACAAUAAAUAGGUUAAUAAUUAUUGGAAUCUUAAUUAAUAAUACCAUUAGAAUCAUAAAAAGAUUUAACUCCUAAUUAAUAUUAUUCUUUUCCAAUCUUCCUUUAAUUUAUAGCUGCUAAUAAUUACUAAAAAUAUACUGGAAACUCUAUAGAUCUUAUGGAAAUCUUAGAAAAAUUAAUUAAAAAAUUUAAAGAAUUUCAAAGAAAAUUUGUAGAUAAAAAUAAUAUUAAAGAAGAUAUUCUAGAAUAAGGAUUUAAAGAAUAUUUUUAAUUAACUCAUGAAACAACAGAAUUAUAAAAAUCAAAUAUGAUUGAUUAUUCAUAAGAAAAGAAAUUAGCAGCUUAUGUUAAUAUUUUUUAAUUAAUGAGAUUUCAUCAGUAAUUAUAUAUAUAUUAAAAUAAAUAGAUCAUUAACUUAAUAUUUUGUUAAUAAUCUUUAAAAAAAAGGAGUCAAAGAGGAACCUAAAUCAAUUAUAAAAACAAUUAUUGGAUCUAUUUUACCACCACAUCCUAAAAAAGUAGAUUUCGCUUAUUCUAUAAACAAAUUAAUUACUACUCUACCUUAAAUUAAACAUGGAAUAUUAAGAAGAAAUAAACCUGCUCCAAAUUUUCAUUAAUUACCUAAUAAUGAUCCAAGAAUUCUUACUAUUGAUACAAGAGGGAUUAUAUUUAUUUUUACUGAAGAAUACUAAGAUAAUUCUGUUAGUUUGAUCUCUGAAUUAUAAUAUUUAGAUGAGAAAAAUGUUUAAUAAUAUAUUCAAAAUUAUGUUAAAUAAUUUAUACUGAAAAAUGUCUGUCUUGAUAUUAUUGAAUAAGAAAUUAUUAUACAUCCAUUAUGUUAAAGUAUUUAGUAUGUAUUAAUUAUUAGCUUAUUUAAGUGAUUUUGGAUCAGAAAAAUAAUUAUUUUAAUGGUUAUUAGAGAGAAUGGAUGAUGGGUACAAUUAAGAAAAACUAUUAAAUUAAUAUGAUUAAUAAGAUUUCUAUAUAAGAUUCAAGAAUCCUAAUGAUUCGUCAAAGUAACUAAAAAAUUGA